AUGGACUUCCUGCUGGACAGCAUCUUGGCUGUCGCCAAGGAACUAGACAAGCACGAGGGCGGCCAGCUGACGGCCAAGAUCCCCGGAGCGAACACCAUCAACCUCAACAGCAGCCCCAGUUUGGACUCAUCCACGGGUGGUGACAGCCAGGCGGAGGAGAGCUCUGGCUGCUGCUAG